AUGUCCGACACCAAUGCCUCCAGUCCCCCUUUGCCCGUCGCCAAAUCCAAGCCCAUGAGCGAAGCUCUGUUGAAUGAAAAGGUACGCGACCACCAGGUUUCUUGCCCCCAGACCGAGUUGUUUGGCUGGAGAGACAAACAUCUUCAACUCAGUCGCGCAGACCUGCUCCCUCACUACCUCCACCCUAGCGUGGAAGAUAACCUGGAGAAAUCCUACAUCAUCCACGAACCGUGCCAUUGUACCAUACUAGCUUCAGAUUCUAACAAUGACAUGUUUGCAAACAGUGGGACCGCGCCAUCUCUUCGUUCGUCAUCCGAUCAUCACUCGGCUUCUCCUUCGGUGUCAUUUUCUCAGUCUUGUUGUUUAAGCGAAGAGCGUGGCCUGUGUGGUUGGGCACUGGUUUUGGCGCUGGAAGAGCCUGGGAAGAAGCUGAUGGUUAGUCACUACAUGCGCUCCCUCCAACAAAAGCCGUGCUUUCUACGAGACAUGUUCAAACAUUCGCUGACUUCGGCCAACAGCCAAUUUCAAGAGAGGAGAUUCGUUUUCGACGGACGGACUGCGGAAAGUGAGGACAGAACGAUAAAUCAGAAAAAAUUCACCAUCUAG